AUGGGAAACACACAAUCGAACGAUUUGAACCAACCUUCUAAAUCCCCUUCAUUAAACACCGAUGCCAAUAAUGAUUCCACAUUUUUGACGCCAGAAACAGCAAAUUCUCUAUCACAGACAGAUCCCUCCAAACAAGUAGCCACAAGUCAACUAAUUAAUCAACCAUUUGCAGGUUCACCCUUGCUUUCGCCUGAAGUGUAUAAAAAUGUUGAGCGAAACGAAGACAUUUAUUAUGAGGGAAAUAGUCAGGAAGGAAGUUUAGCCUCAAGUUUUAACGAGAGUGAGAUUUUGGCUGGUGUUGGUGGCGAUGGUCCCACCCAGUUGACUCUUGAACAACCUUCUUCCGUUUCCACGCCACCGUCCUCCUCGCCUUCGUCGGUUGAGCCGCCUUAUAUGAAUACUAAUAAGGAAAUUUCUAAUGAAAUUACCACCGAAGAAGAUUUGAUUAAAGCAUUAGAUGAACAAGAAAUGAAUCAAAGCAAAGCUAUACCGACAAUUAUUACUUGGAGUCAAGGAGGAAAUAAUGUAUUUGUUACCGGUAGCUUUAAUAAUUGGAAUAAAAACAUACGGCUAUGCAAAAGCUCAAAUGAUUUUACGACGGUAAUAUCUUUACCAUCUGGAACACAUAAGUUAAAAUUCAUUGUAGACGAUGAAUGGAAAUGCUCAAAUGAUCUCGAAAUAGCAACCGAUCCAGAUGGAAAUCUGGUGAACUAUGUAGAAGUCUCUGAAGACGAAGUCGCAAAUGCAAUAGAUCAAGACACUCUAGAACCAACAAAUGGUCCAGGUGUUUUGUGCACUACACCACCCGGCGAAUACACGUCCGAAAUUCCUGGAUAUUUGCUUGCAUACGCGCACUCACUCAAUAUCGCGGAAAAUAAUAUGAUAAAUCAUUAUCACAAUCCUGCUUCCAUGCUUCCACGUGCUCCUUUUCAGGCGCCGGAAUGUAUGGCUGAGAAUCAACCGCCAUCUUUACCACCACAUCUUGAAAAAGUUCUACUCAACAGUUCGGCAGUGUCAAAAGAAGAUAAUAGCGUUUUACCGGUCCCAAAUCAUGUUGUGCUUAAUCAUUUGUAUGCCUGCUCUAUACGAGAUGGAGUAAUGGCUGUGGCUAGCACUGCAAGAUAUCGAAAGAAGUACGUGACGACAAUUUUCUAUAAACCUAUCUUCAUCUGA